ACUAGAGUGUCCAUCAAUAAAUGAUAUUAUCAAAAUAAAUAUACAGAAUAUUAAAUUAUCUAUUCUCAUCGAACCUUAAACUACUCGGCACAAGUCCUAACAAUAAGGUGUAUAAUUUACAUAAAUGGCCUGCCCCAGAGGAUAUAGGCCUGAAGGCGCUCAACCCAAUUUCGAAGAAUUACAUAAUGUGUUAAAAGCUGUCACUAGAACGGAAGGGGCAAAAUACGAGGUAGUAAAAGAAUGGUUUUUGGCAUGCAAGAUAAUCGACUGUAGAAGAGUAAGCCCAGAAUAUUUCGACAAGUGUUACGAGAGAGUUGCUUGGGGCAAAGGAGAUCUUAGUUUGGCUAGGUUAGGCCAAUUGUUAGCUAUGAUAUCAAGAGACACUCAUCAGAACCUUCAAGAGCUCUGCGAUAGAUUCGAUAGUGUCAAACCAAUCAUCAUCGCCAAUAUUCAAGAGGGCCUUCGGAGGGACGGAAUCAAAUAUAUCUCACAAUAAACUGCUUAUACGAAAUACGAGUGAGACGGUGAUAUGCGUUUGUCAUUCGCUCGUUGUUCCAAAAUAAAGUUUCAAGCCACGAGACGCAAAACAACUUUACAACUUUUC